GAAUUGGCCAAGCUGCCCAAAGAGGAUGUGGUAGACCUCCGAGCCUUAAAGCAAGAGCUGCAAAAGACUUGUGGCCUGUCACGGUUUAGGCAGAUGCUUCUCUAUGGCAGCCGGGUGGUAGAUGAGAUCCCGACGCAGGAUGCACCUCUCGACCUGCAGCUGGUCCUUCUUCCGUUCCCGCCAGCAUCACAGGAGAAGGUGGAUGAGCUCCUCCGUGCUGCAGCAAGCGGUGCGGCGUGCUUGGUGGAGGAGAUUUUAAUGAGGCCACAAGAUCCCAACUUGCCGGAGCACAUGGAGGCAAUUACCCCACUUUACGAAUCAAGCUACUGGGGUCAUCUUGAAAUCGUGCGCCUACUGCUAGAGGCUAUGGCAGUGCCCAACCUGGCGACCGACAGCGGAACUCCCCUACUUGCAGCGUCUCUCCAUGGCCACGUGGAAAGCAUGCGCUUGCUCUUGGAAGCCCGGGCUGACGUGCAUCGUGGAAACUCCGAGGGCAAGACGCCCCUCUGGGCAGCAGCACGAUCUGGUGACGUAGAGUCGGUUCAGCUGCUUCUGGAGAAGGGGGCCCAGAAAGAGCAGGUUGCUCAAAGUUUCAAGGCCUGGCAAGACUGGGAGCGGGAAACAACGGCUCUAGCUGCAGCUGCCGGCAACGGCCAUGUGAGCGUGGUGCAGGUGCUCCUUGGUGCCGCCGCCGACGUCGGUGUCCAAAAUGCUUUUGGCUUCACGCCCCUGGAGCUGGCCUCGCGAGCAGGCCAUGCAGAAGUAGUUCGUUUGCUCCUAGAACAUGCCACUGCGACCGGCAGGGUUUUGAGGUGCAACGUUGCUCUUCGCCUUGCUGCCCAGAAGGGUCAUGCUGGGGUGGUGGGCCUCUUGAUUCAGGCAAAGGCAGACAAGGACGACGUGGAUCAGGAGGGCUCCGCUCUCUGCGUGGCAUCUUUGGCUGGGAAGGGCUGA